CUUACUUGUCAAUUAGUUCUUAUGCAAAAAAACCUUAAUGAACCAGGUAUUUAUUUGUGAGCAAAAGCUCUAUACUAGGGCACAGUUGAAGCAACAUAUGAGAAGAGGUGAUUCAGUGGUGGAUGGAACAGAAAGUGAAAGAGGAGGUUUUUCUGGGCAUCCGAUGUGUAAAUUUUGCAGAUCCUCGUUUUACGAUGAAGAUGAAUAUUAUUCUCACAUGUCAACUGAACACUUUACCUGCCAUAUUUGUCAAAGGCAAAAUCCAGGGGACUAUGAAGAUUUUAUGGAUUAUGAUGACCUGGAGACAAACUCAUUUUCGUCUUUGGCACUUCUUAUGUGAAGAUGAAGCUUGUCUUGUAGAAAGAUUCAUUGUAUUCGAAACAGAUACAGAAUUGAAGGUGAUCUUUCUAGCAUGCAUGCCAGGUGAAAUGGCUUAAAUUCAUAAUUAUUUGCUCUGCACGUUCACCAGAUACCAACUAGAUCUAGAUAUUGAAUCAUUAAUGAGUCAGGGAGACCUCAUCGUGGACGGAGACGAUCGUGAGAUUAGAGUGGUAAUUGAAAUCAGUCGAGCCAGAGUUAAUGCGAGAUAUCCAAUAGCUGGUUCGACAGAAGCAUUCAGUGCUGAACCUUUGGAUCAUGGUUGUGCAGACUC